AACUGUAUUUUAAUCAGGCAUUAUUUCGGGCUCCUAAAACCCGUAUGUUCAGGGGUCCUUUUAUACUGUAGUCAACUGUCGCGCAGACUCAGGAAGAGUAACCCGGCGCUGACUCGACCUGAAAUCCAUUUCACAGAAUGGCGUCCAUGUUGAUGAAUUCUCUGAGGAGCUGCCCGGUGAACUGUUCCAGGGCUCUUCACUUUGCCUCCAGGCCUCUUGGAACAUCUGCAUCACUUCAGGCACAAGCGAAAAGUAAAAAGACUCUGGCCAAGCCUGGGGUGAAGAACAUCGUCCUGGUCGAUGGAGUUCGUACACCAUUCCUCCUGUCUGGUACUACAUAUUCGGAUCUGAUGCCCCACGAUCUGGCCAGAGGAGCUUUACAUGGUUUACUGAAGAGAACCGAAAUCCCUAAAGACGCAGUGGAUUACAUCGUCUAUGGAACCGUCAUCCAGGAAGUGAAGACCAGCAACGUGGCCCGAGAAGCUGCUCUGGGUGCUGGAUUCUCUGAUAGGAUUCCUGCUCACACCGUCUCUAUGGCCUGCAUCUCUUCCAAUCAAGCCAUGACUACAGCCGUGGGUCUGAUCGCCGCUGGUCAGUGUGACGCGGUGGUGGCCGGGGGGGUGGAGUUUAUGUCGGACGUCCCGAUCCGUCACAGCCGUAAGAUGAGGAAGACCAUGCUCUCUCUGAACAAGGCCAAGACUCUGGGUGCACGUCUGUCUCUGCUCGGCUCCAUCCGACUCGCUCACCUCGCACCCGAGCUCCCUGCCGUAGCGGAGUUCUCCACGUCGGAGACGAUGGGCCACUCUGCAGACCGCCUGGCCGCCGCGUUCUCCGUGUCUCGGCAAGAGCAGGACGAGUUUGCCAUGCGCUCUCAUUCUCUGGCGAAGAAAGCUCAGGACGAGGGGCUGCUGAGUGACAUCAUCGGCUUUAAAGUGCCAGGGAAGGACAUCGUCACCAAGGACAACGGGAUUCGCCCCAGCAGUCUGGAGCAGAUGAGCAAACUGAAGCCCGCCUUCGUCAAACCACACGGCACCGUCACCGCUGCCAACUCCUCCUACCUGACUGACGGUGCCUCUGCAGUGCUCAUCAUGUCUGAAGAAAAAGCUCUGUCUAUGGGUUACAAGCCCAAAGCGUACCUCAGAGAUUUCGUGUUCGUGUCUCAGGACCCUAAAGACCAGCUCCUGCUCGGUCCAACCUAUGCCAUGCCAAAGGUCCUGGAGAAGAGCGGCCUCACGCUGGCUGACAUCGAUGUGUUCGAGUUCCACGAGGCUUUCGCUUGUCAGAUCCUGGCUAACAUGAAGGCGAUGGACUCUGAUUGGUUUGCUCAGAACUACAUGGGAAGGAAAGCCAAGGUGGGUCCCCCUCCCAUGGAGAAGUUUAACUUGUGGGGUGGUUCGCUGUCUAUCGGACACCCCUUUGGAGCCACCGGAUGUCGCCUGGUUACCGCGGUAGCACACCGGCUCAAGAAGGAGGGGGGGCAGUACGGGCUGGUGGCAGCGUGUGCUGCAGGGGGACAGGGCCAUGCGAUGGUGAUUGAGGCGUAUCCACAGUAGAACUUUACAGCGCACACACACACACACACAGGUUGUGUAAAUAAUAGAGAAAUAAACGUGUACCACAAAGCAUUGAAGAAAGCACUUGGGAAUGUUGUGGAUGUGAGAAGCAGCUGGUUUUAUUUCAGACUAACGUUCAUCAUAACUCACUUCCACUGUCUGCUAGAAGCAUGUGAUCCAGCGUCUACCUGCUGACUCGGCUUUCAGGAUUCUGUAGAUAGUUCCUGUUUAAGCUCUUCUGUGAUCAUCGCUGUUAAUCAGAAGGUGCGAGAAGAUAAUUAGGCUCAAACCCACACCUUCAUCCAGAAAGUCUUGUGUGUGUGAAGUGCAUUUCAUUGUGGGGUUUUUGUAAUGAUAUUGUAAAAUAAAAUGACUUCAAUUCAAA